AUGCCACUCCCAUGGAAGAAGGCGAAGGUCGGCCGGAUUUCUCGUUUCCUGGCCAAUGUCCGAUCAAUGAAGCAUGAGGAGUCACUCGUCGUUGAGACCGGUUUCCCUACUUCUAUCGCAGAUGUGGUCGUCAAGAACCGAGAUCGAUUUAAGAAACAUUCGAAGAAGAAGCAUUCGGACAUUUCUGAUCGUUCCUUAUCCCUUAAUGAUCAGGCUUCUUUAAAUUAUUCCAAUUCCAAUUAUUGUUUUCCCUCAAGCCAAGUGGUGGUCCCAUCCGUGGAAACCAGGAACCCUAGUCAGCCUUCUUCAAAGCCCCUGCUUUUAGAUCCUGAAACAACCAAUGACACCAGGCCAUCAAUUAGCAAGCGAAGUUCCCCUGUUCUCGUUGUUAAGAAGGUCGAAGAUGUUUCAGUGAGAAACAAGAUUGAAGAUGUGGUUGAGAGUCCGGUUCGGAAUGAAAAAGCUUUCGUGGCAAUUGUAAAUCUUUUUCUCAUGCUUGUUUUGGCUUUGGGAACGAAUAACCUUGUACUUGGGGUAAUGGUGUCAGUGUUUGCUCUUCUGUUUUUCGAAUCUGCAUCAGAAUACUUGUUUAUUUUCUUUAAGCCGUCUUCAGAUGCCCAUCAAAGACUUGAGUCCCUUGGCGAUAUAUCGCUUGGACCUGAACAAGAGGAUAUAGGAAUUGUAUUCCAGGAAGAAGAAGAUGAUGGUGCAGAGAGUGAGGAAUUUGGAUUGAUAGAGAGUAGUUUAGAUCGGAUCGAAGAGAUUCGAAAUGUAGAGCCUGGAUUUCAUUUGCUAGGUGGUGUGAGAAAAAUGGGAGUUUCAGACUCCGUUCGGAUGGGGAGGAUUCCGUGGAAAGAUGAGGAUAAUAUAGAAGUUAGAGACCUCAGAAAUCAGAGGACCAAUGGCGCUAAAAUUAAAGCGAAGAAGUUAAAGAAGUUUCUUACAAAGAGGUUUCGUAGCUCGAAGAGCAAAAAAAAUGACAAGAAGGAAAUGGAUUCAAGCGAUUUAGCAAGCAUCUUCAGGCUAUUUUUUAGAAGGUUCAACCUUUUAUUAGCAGUCCAAUUCAAUUUAGAGGUAAUGUACUCUGAAAUGGACACUGCAAAACUGCAGAAAGAUUGA